CAGAAGAAGAAGAAGCGCGCGCCGGCGGUGUCUGUCACAGCACAAGUGAAGAAGGCUCGGAGCAGAGAUGAGCUACAGUCCGCGCGGACACUGACACUCAUGGACAACGUGCUUUAGUAAAAUGGACACCAGCAAUUAUGCCACAACCCAGAAUGCUGCUGGUGGUGACAGGAGAUGAUUUUGGCUACUGUCCUCAGAGAAACCAGGGGAUCGUCGACUGUUUCCUGGCAGGAGGCAUCUCCAACGUGUCGCUGCUGGUUAACGCGACUGCGGCAAAAGAAGCGGCUGAUCUGGCUAAAAGACACAACAUCCCCAUCGGACUCCAUGCCAACCUGUCAGAGGGGAUCCCAGUGUGUCAGAGUGUGCAGCAGUCUUCCACGCUGAUAAACCAGCAUGGCUUCUUCCAGGGAAAGAUGGGCUUCCGUCAGGCGCUGGAGCGAGGCCAGCUCAGCAUGAAGCAGGUGGAGCAGGAGCUGCGGGCUCAGGUGCGGCUGUUCAGAGAGCUCACAGGUCACCUGCCCCAGCACAUGGACGGACACCAGCACAUCCAUGUGCUGCCAGAGGUGCGUGAGGUGUUUGCUCAGGUGCUCUCAGAUUUCAGGAUCCCGUACACGCGUGUUCCAGUGGAACUAGGUCUGCACAGCUGCCCGUGGCUGCCGCUGCACCUGCAGAGAUUCUACACGCAGGUGGAGAAGAACGCGCUGGACUCCAUUCCUGUCUUCACCCGCUAUGGAAUCAGGUGGCCAGACGUGUACCUGGGACUGACCACCAUGGGGCAGAACAUGUCCGUGCCACACCUGCAGAGGGCGCUCCACCACGCUCUGUCUGCAGGGCCCUCUUCAGGCUACAGCUCCAACAGUGCGUCGGGCUCGGAUCAAGCCGUGGUGACGGCAGAGCUCAUGGUCCACCCCGGUUACCCCAGUCGCCCUCAGGACGGCGGCUGUGGAGAGGGUCCCGACGAUUUCUCCCAGUCAGCUGACCGACAGCAUGAGCUGAGAGUGCUGAGCGAGCCGUCCCUGCUCGCCCUCUACAGUCAGGAGCGGGUACAGCUGUGUGCCUUCAAAGACCUCGCACUGCUGCUGCCCAAGAACGCCUGACGUGAGAGUGACGUGAGAGUGACGUGAGACGCCCGCCACACCACGUUCUCUCUCAGUGUUUCUCAUAAAAAUGCAACUUACAAGAAAACCUCAUAACUCCAUAAAUAGAAUUAGGAAAACGUCAUCUAAGAAGGAAAUGGUUAAUGUUUUACUACGAAACUGUAAAAUCGUAUGGAUUUUAGCUGCAGUGUUAAAAUCAAAUGAACUUUUAUAGAUUUUUAAAAUGUAUAUUAUUGGGACACAAGCAUAAGUGGCAUUCGUGUAAAUGUAGGGUACAAGUGAGGAUAAAUUGGAUUACUUUUAGAUCUAUUUAUUUUUUUAAGUAAUAUGUACAGCUUCUACUACACAUACAGUAUGUUAAGCUAUAAAUAGCAAAAGUUAUAAAAAUCAUUAUUGAUUAUUAUGACUAUUUUCUUUUAUUAACUUUAAUUGAUUUUGGAGUUAUGUUAUUUAUAUUUACAUACUGUAUAUAAUGAAAUCAUCUAGUUGGAUCUUAAUAUCUCCAACACUAUCUUUAAUCCGUUAAAAGUAUCAUUAGAAAGGUUAAGUAGGAUUUUAUCAGGAUUUUUAUUGUCAAGUGAACCGUGUGUGUAGGUUUAUAUAUUUUAUAUAUAAACAAAUCUUAAAAAGUCUUAAGAUAAAGUAAAUGUAAAAAACCAACCCUCCAAUUAUAUGCGUUAAUGAGACGUUUGAUCAUAAUUCAUAUUUAAUCCAUUCAUUAUUAUUGCGAUGAUUGAAAAAAUGUUGAAACAUUGCAGAUAGGAUCCGUUUUCUGUGUGUGAACAUUUAUUAAUUUACGAAACGAAACAGGAAGCUCCCUGUUGUGGCACAUUAGAAAAUAAAUCACAAGGACUGUAUGCUGGCGAGCGAGACAGGACUUUGAAGUCGCUCCUGAAAUAUUAGCGAAAUAUUAGUUUUUCUCCAUUCACGAGAUGAUUUGAACGAUUUCUCUCUGAUUGAAGCAAAGAGACCAGAGAAUCUUCACUUUUAAGAGGCUGAAAACAUCUGAGAAUUUGCUGUAAUUAUUAUAACCGAUGAAUGGAUUAUAAAACGAGUUGAUGAUGAAUUUAAUGGUUGAAGCCUCCGAGCACAUGGUCUGGGGUUAAACAGCAGGACGUUCACUGCCACAGUUGUGACGUGGUUUCUAUAGAUCCUGGUGUGUUGAUCAGGCCGAUGUAACCUGUUACGUUGUGAGAUGAUUUGAUGAUUUGAUGAUGAUGAUGAUGAGAAUGUUAUUUUAUUUUUAUUUAAAUGCAUUCCAUGUGCUGCUGCUGCACACUACAGUACUCCUAUACCACAUAUUUGUGUUUAUGGUUUAGUUUUCUGUUUGACUACAAUGUGGGAGUGAACAGCAGAGGUCAGGGGUCACAGUGGUAAAACAUGUGAUCAGUGUACACAGAGAGGUGUAAUCACAGCCCACAGUUCUCCCCCCCGACUGCUUCCUCGUCCCCCUUUCGUCCACAUUCCUCCGUCCUCUCUCUUUCCUGCCAGUCACAUUAACAUGUUUACAGCAGCUGUCGACGGGAUUUCUCGGGAUAAAAAAACACAUGGCUGUAGAUUUUUCCAGGGUUCCCAAUCCUUGAAAGUUUUUGAAAAUUGCUCUAAAUAGACCUGGGUCAUUGAAAGUGUUGGAAUUGUGUUAAGUUGAUAUUUAGGUAAAUGUCUUUUCUUUCUUAUGACUGUUUCAUGCUUUGUUUGAUGUAGACGAGGCAGACAUGACAAACAUGACUCUGUCCAUUUGGUCCUUGAAUUUGAGAGGAUUGGUCCUGGAAAGUUCUUGACAAGUCCUUGAAUUGAAUGUCAACCAAGGUGUGGGAACCCUGUGUAAAGAAAUCCAGUUUUCAAACCUUUACUUCACCCAUGUGCACAUGGUUACACAUGCAUGCAUCUGUAUCAGGGGAAACGUCACAGUGAUCUCAGGGUGUGUGUGUACAUGUGUUUUUAACGCCGUUCAACAGUAAAGUACAGUUUUAAUAUUUACCUUUAUUGUAACCUUUAAUGUCAACGUCUGUGUUGAAACUCUUGUCUUUGAAUUCCGUGAUUAAUCACCAGAGCCGACACAGUAGUGUGGGCUAAUAAUAAAUGACAUCAUGAUA